UUAUUGUUAAGUUUUUAGUACUUAAUUACUCUGGGACAACAGAUCUGAUAAUUUAUAUGCAUAUCGAUAUAACGUGAUUCAUUUUUUAUUGGUCAAGUUCUGAAGAGUGGCCGACAUGUCGGAACAGUUCCCGACAAGCACCGCUGUCCCGACAGCCAUCAUCCCGACGAUCAGCGGGGCGCUGGUCCUUGCCAUGGACCCGCCAGGUCGGGCCGACGCUCCCGACACGGUACACGUCGGGCGCGGCCGACGGCUUAAUUCAAAACAUCGUCGGCGGAGGAAAUCGUCAGGAGAUUUAAGAAGAGCCGAAACCUUAGCGUGUACUGGAGAACUUAACCCAAGAGGGGUCAAUUCAAUGAAUGAAUGUCAACCCUGCAGGGUUGAAGGAACCAACAACAGCGUCCCAGCUCCUAGUUCACGCGUGGUUGCACAAACUAGCUUAUACCCUGACGUACAAAGUUCUUUUCCACUCGUAGACAGCGUUCAUAAUCUGUCACCUUCAGCUAAUGAGAGACAACAUUGCCCUGUAUCACAUUGGCAAGGUUCUAUUCCAUCAGUUAAUAGACUUCUUCCGUCCAUCAAUUCCACCUCAGUGUCUUCAAAGUUAGACUCGGGAUUUUCAGAUUUAAAUUCAUUUUCGAUUCCAGUUGCCAAAACCGGGUUCCCCGUUGGCGAUCCCAACCUCUCUCCUCCUACCCAAGGGUCUUUCGAGUCUGUGAUUCCUUCUACUCAUAGUAGGAUUAGCAGUAGAGUUAGUAGUAGUGUUAGUAGUAGGAUACAACGUAUGGCAGAUAGGGUGAAUAACAACAAAAACUGUCGUUUGUUUCUUUGGUUUAUGUCGGUAUUGUGCGCUGCGAACAUUGUAUUCUUCAUCCUCGCGUACGACAAGGUGGUCGAAAUGGUUGCUGUUAGCCAGUUGGCACUACACGAGUCCGGAGCCAAGUACGAAGCCUGGACGAAAACGCCGAUGCCAGUCUAUUAUAAGGUGACCAUCUUCAACCUGACCAACCAUGAAGAGUUCAUGGCUGGGGAGAGACCACGGUUACGAGAGAUAGGGCCUUACGUUUAUAGGAUGAUGGACGAAAAGGUGAAUGUAACAUUUCACGAUAAUGGCACUGUUACGUACAGAACUAAACCUACAUACUUCUUCGAACCUGACCUAUCUGGCGGCACGGAGGACGACAAACUAUACACUGUCAACAUACCUCUCGUAAACGCAGCUGAUGCCGUCAAGGACAGUCCCUUUCUGAAGACGAUCAUCCAGUACGCUGGGAUCAUCCACAACUUUGAAACCAUACGACACUUGACCGUCAUGGAGCUCUUGUGGGGCCACACGUCCAAAGUUCUGGACUGGGGGCGCCAGUUUCAGGACGUUCCUUACCCGCAUCUGAAGUUUGGGCUGCUCGCAGGUUUCAACAACUCAGCCCAAGAUUCUUACACGAUGUAUACGGGGGUGAACAACCCUGAGAAAAUGAAUUUUAUUCAUUCCUGGAACGGUCGAACCAAACUGAACUUUUGGGAGGGUGAAUCCUGUAAUAGAAUUUUUGGGACAGAUGCUGGUGGGUUCAGUCCGGGCGUCAAACCAUCAGACGAACUGUGGAUUUUCAACGGUCAACUCUGCAGGAGCAUCCCGUUGGUAUACCAGAAGACCGUGAACCGGGGUGGUAUCAACGCCUUCCGGUUCGUGCCUCCGAGAAACGUUUUCAGUUAUGGACCGAAGAACCCCCAGAACUCCUGCUACUGCUCCCAGGGGCGCUGCCCUCCCACUGGGGUCCUGGACAUGAAGCCCUGCUACUACGGAGCGGCCAUCGCUUUCUCCUUCCCGCAUUUCUACCAAGCGGACUCCACCUUGCGGCACAUGGUCCGGGGACUCAGGCAGAGGACGAGCCAGUCCAACGCUGGUCAGGGUGAAGGCGACGCUCUGCUGACCGAGGGGCAGCUGCAGAACAAACCCCACCCUACCCGGAGGAACCUUCCUCCUGUGCCCCAUAUACCCAACAAGCGGUCCCGCUGCCGACGAUGCUGCUGCAGCAAAACCUGCUCCAUCAUUGGCUUUAUUCUAUCGUUGACUCUUGGACUGACGGUUUACUUCACGCCCUAUUUCGAGGAAUCUGUGAACGUCUUCGUCUUAGGGCAACUACCCUUACGAGAAGGUUCUGUGCGAGCCUCCAUGUGGAUGUCGGGCAACCCACCUCUACUGUACCGUAUGUACGUUUUCAACUUGACUAACCCGCGUGAGUUUCUGGCUGGUGGUCUACCUCGGGUGAGAGAGUUGGGGCCUUUCACUUACGAUGUUUCUGAAACCAAAGAGAAUGUCGUCUUCAACGGCAGCACUGUCACGUUUCAGUCUAAGCCGCUGUUCAAAUUCAGAAGCGACUUGUCUGUACCAGGAGGAGAAGAUAUUGUGGUGCACACUUUGAACAUCCCUCUUGUGAAUGCGGGGGAAAUGACCAGAAAUAUACCGCGGUCCUUUGGUUUUUUCCGAGAUGUUCUUUCCUUUGAGAGCAUUCAAAAAUUGACUGUUAAGCAACUACUAUGGGGGUACAACUCGCGUUUGCUGAACGUCGCUAAGAAAGUCCAAAACAUCCCAUACCCUUACGACCAUUUCGCGCUGCUAGCUGGUAGAAACUACACCCUGCAGCCAGUCACUACCAUUGACACCGGCGUCGACAACAUCAACUCUGUGAACCAAGUUCUCUCCUAUGACUGGCCUGGACCAAGGCAAGGAUGCAACGCAGUUUUCGGAAGUGACGGAUCGGCUUUUGGACCAAAAAUCAACGAGUCAAGCAUCUUGUUCAUUUACAACGGGCAGUUCUGCCGGUCCCUGCCAUUGGUUUUCUCCAAGUUCUUAGUAGAAACUCAGGGGUUGAGGGCAAUGAGGUUCACGUUGCCCCAGGAUGUCUUCAGCUACUCGGAUGAAAACGGACAGCAAACUGGGACUGAUUUCGGCAAUUCACGGUACAGAAAAUACCUCGCUCAUCGAACACCGUCUAGAACUCCAUCAUCCGACGGCUCUGGAACUUCAUCAGGAGAUACUGGUUCUGAAUUUAAAGUAAACCUAUCGUCAGGAAGAAUUCGGUCCCGCAACCUCAACCGAACCCAACCUCCCGACAACCCCUUCUUUCAACGCCCCGACACGAAGCCCUACCCCGUCUGGCUGGACGACGCCAGCCUCCGCUCUUCGAGCCAGCGCUUGAAACGCUCAAAAAGGGCAACCGGCUCACCGGAACCCGGUUAUGUCUCGACAAAAUCCAGUUUAGAAUCUCUGGAACCCAAUUUGCGCACCCUAAAGCGCAGUUUAAGGAAUGUAGAACCCGGUUCCAUGCCUUCAGAACCCGGUUCCUUGCCUUCAGAAUCCGGUUCCAUGCCUUCUGCAGAACCCGGUUCCAUGCCUUCUGGACCGGGCUCCAGAGAGUCCAGUUACAAGGCGGUGUACGGAGGAGACAACAGGUGUUUCUGCGACGAGGGCAGGUGUCCUCAGGACGGUAUAUUGGAUAUGAAGAAAUGCAUUUUUGGGGCGCCUGUGGGGUUCUCCUUCCCCCACUUCCUGCAUGGGGACCCCACGCUGGGGCACAUGACGCGGGGGUUGAGACCCGACCCGGCCAAGCACAGCACGGAGUUCGACAUCUUCCCCGACCUGGGCAUCCCGCUGCGGGUGAAGUUACGCAUGCAGAUGAACGUCGUGCUGGACCAGAACCAAGCGCUGAGCCGCGCCCGUCACUACGACCUCAUCUAUCCCAUCUUCUGGUUCGAGGCUGGCAUUGAUAGCCUGCCCCCCAGCCUCGUCGGUAAGCUUCAGAUGGCACAGGACCUGCCGCCCCUCAUGAAGCAGAUCUUCGUCGUCGUUUGCGGGGUCCUGACUGUCGUGUUCCUGGUGCUCCUGAUGGCGCAGACCUUCGUGGGGUGGUGCAGUAGCGGCCUGAGCAGCCUGCGCAGUCGUCGCAGUAAAGACAGCAGCAGCAAUGACACAAUAACGACCACCCCUGAGUCUGAUCAUUCACUCCCGGCACCUGAUCACCCAGAGAUCGGGUUCCCCCAAACUGGAUGCUACACAUCGUUCGCCAGCCCCCAGCUCUCCUCUAGCGACGUGCCUGACCAGCUCAUCGACAGCCACACACUCUUGCCGCCCUACAAAACCUCCGCACGACUCACUGCUCCUGACUCAGCCGACGCUUGCACAAUAGUCGGCAAGAGGAAGCUGGUGGGCACAAACUCCUUGUUGGGGGAGGGCAGCGUGACACCCGAGCCCUCUGAAGCUCAUAACUUGUACCCACCCGAGUACAGCUCUGUGGUUGCCCUCAGCUCUGUUGAACGGAGCGAUUCUUCCCGGUCCUCCAACUCCUCUCUGAACUCCGCAGAGGUGCACCAAACGGCGCCCUCGUUUGCAGUUACCAACAUCAGCGCCCCCAACGAAACAGGUCGAGUCGUCAGUUGUCAGCCUGAUACACGCCACUCACGUGCCCAAGCGAACCUGACAACGGCCACGCAAGUCAGCAGAAGUCAGGUGCCGACGAUGGACCCAAGUUCCCCCAGUUACACAAUGGAACACAAGCCCAUCUUAUCUGUCCCUCGGAUUGUCCAGGAAUCAUUGAAAACAAGUGCACCGUUGGCCUCACCGGAAGCCCCAGAUGACGACCAUGACGGAGUGAGUGUUGCCCCGUCUGCCCCAGGGUGCUGCUCAAAAAUCAGUGAUCCUCUCGCCACGUCUUCCCCUCAUGUCACCCUGGAGGAUAUCCCCAAACCCUGCCAUGAUGACGGUGUUGCAUACCAUUCCCCUCCGCCCCCAGGGGCACGUCACCUCGGGGGAGUUGACAGUAUGGCUGGACAGCCUCUCGUCUCAUCCCCAAGUGGCGGGGCCGUCAGCUCUAGACCCCAAGCUCCUCCCCACCUCGCCCCACCACUUGAGUCUGAUCUCUGAUGGGGGCUAUCAGCAGCUAGACCAGCCAUCACUGACGUGGUAGUGAUGACGCGUUCUGGUGACAUGUGCCUCAACAUAACCUAUAUGUAUACGGUCAAAUCUUUGCGUUAAUUUUAUAUCUCUUACGGAGACAUUAAAGGAGCCAUGAGUUUAAGUGAACAAACAAAUUACGAUGGAGCUUCGAAGUUCGAACUAAAACAUUACAUAAGUUGUCUACUGCUGCCAAAACUGGAAUUUUGUGCCAAAUUCGUGUUCCUAAUCUUAAAUCUGUCACGUGUUUCAAUAUUUUCGACGCAUGUUCUUUUUGAAGACAGACUCGUUCAUUUCUUUUUACGUCCUGACAUUAAGUCGUGUUUUUUUUUGUGGUUAAAAACGCAGACGAGAAACUCGUUGCCGUCUCAGAGAUGGCUGGAUCCAUUAUCGUCUAUAGCUUUAUUAUCAUCCAUCGCUUUUUGUUCUAUUGGAAGUUUCAAUUUAGUUUCUUCAUGACUGGCUGCUUCUUAUCUUAUCAUGUAGUAUCAAAAAUUUUGAUGAGCUCACGCUUUAUUUAACAUAACAUAA